AUGAAAAGAAAAGGGGCUAAAGAAAAAGAAGAUAAGCAAGCAAAGCAAGAUGUGAUUAAAAAAAGUCGAAAAUUAGACGAUUUCAUUGGAAAACCUUCUACAGACGCUGAAGAUCAUGAGAAAAGUAUAUGUAGCAGUGCUACGCCAACUGAUAGUGCUUCAGUAUCUUCAAGUGCUAGUACUUUGGUAGUUUUGGCAAGUGGGUCAAAGGAAAAAGCUGAAAAAGUCCCACCAAUACUAAGAGUGCAACCCAAUCCGGACCAGAGGCUGUGCAAAAUUAGCGACGAUCCAGCCAAAUGGACAAUCGACGAUUUCACACGUGAUUACAUUUGUAAGAACGGAGCCAAUCAAAACAUCAAAAACGAUUUUCCCAAGAGUGAACGGAUUUACAAACAUAAAGCACGUCACUUGUCCAAACACUUAUUCGCACGUCAGUUUGUAAAUAGUGAAAAAUUUCCGCGUAAGUGGCUAAUUUAUUCCAAAAGUACUGGAAGUGUUUUUAUGGGCCCUGUCUUCUUUUUAAUGGCGGGGAGAGUCAGUGCGACAAAAAGGAAGGUUUUAAUGACUGAAAAAUAUCUAGUUAUCGAGUAUCAGCUCAUGAGAAUUCGCCUACUCACAAACUGUCUGUCCUGCGCAUGA